AUGAAUAAAAGGAAUUGCCGGAAUGUUCUGUUGUUGGUUCUGGCUAAAAUAUUAGUAUGUGUACACACACAAGGUCAUACGUAUUACAGUAUUGAAGCGGCAGUCUCUGAUGCCACAAGGGAAGUGAAUACAAGAAGAUCUGGAGAACUUUUAAGACAAGUUCAACAAGCUGCUGCAGGGAAAACUUCUCAAUCUACUGACAAUAUACCAAAGUGUUCCCGACACCAUAGUCAGAGACAUGCUCCUGAAUUGGAUAAAGCCAUCAGUUAUGCUGGAGAUAUUGCAAUUACAGCAACAGCUAAAUAUGCCGAAAGGAAUGAAGGUGCUAUUCCAGAUCCAACCGAAUUCAGAAAACUAAUGAAACCUUAUUGUCCAAAUCGUGCCACAGCGUGUAAUCGAAACGACCUCUACAGAACAGCAAAUGGUUCUUGUAAUAACUUACAUAAUCCUUCAUGGGGAGCAUCUUUAACAACGCAGGCAAGAUUAAUGCCUCCUUCCUAUGGCGAUAAAUUUAACCUUGGCUUGUUACCACGUAUGCAAAGUGUAACAGAUUGUCCGCUACCCAGUCCCCGAACGAUAUCGAACGCAUUGUUCAGUGCAGGGACGUCUCCACCCAGGAGUAAAAGAUUUAGUCUAGUUUUAACUCACUUUGGACAGUUUCUUGAUCAUGAUUUUAUCUCAACACCUCCACUUACAGAUGGAGGCAAUGCCAUAGCAUGCUGCAAUGGUAGUAUUCCUGUCAACAGACCCGAAUGUGCUUCUUUCCGUACACCUCCCGGCGAGUUUUUGACUACAUGCAUGGCAUUUGUCAGAUCUGAGUUUGGUGUGGACCCGGAUUGCUGUCCAGGACCAAGAAACCAAUUAAACCAAAGAACAUCCUUCAUCGAUCUCUCAACUACGUACGGGGAUACACUGACCCAACAAAAUGAUCUACGAGAAACUGGAACAGGCCGACUAUCAGAAGGAUUAAACAGAAUUUUACCAAAUGGUCCUUCUGGUCCCACAUGUGUUACUGGAGAUGUGUGCUUUAAAUCUGGAGAUGGUAGAUCAGCAGAAGUUCCUAUGAUAUCUGUAAUUCAUAUAAUAUUCCUACGCGAACAUAACAAUAUUGUGGAAAGAUUGAGGUCAUUAGGAUGGACUGACGGAGAUUUACUAUAUCAAGAGGCUAAAAAGAUCCUUACAGGAAUUUAUCAACAUAUAGUUUAUAGUGAGUAUUUGCCAAUUAUUCUUGGAGACGAGGGAAUGUCCAUGUUUGGACUUUGGAGUACUCCAACUGGUUUCAAUACACAGUAUAAUCCCUCUGUAAAUCCUACUAUAAGGAACGCAUGUGCAGCAGCAGCAUUCCGAUUCGGACAUUCUGAGGUGGGAUCCUUUGUUGAAUCAUUCAAUGAAGACUUUACACCACUUGCCAAGAUCCCUAUGGAAGAUACUUUCUUAAACACUCGUUCCAUAAGGAAUUUUGAUGAAAGAUUUGGUCCGGAUGCAAUUGCUAGAUGGAUGACAACACAGUUUCAGAGUAAAUCAGAUCGGUUCUUUUCGCCAUCAGUGAGAAAUCGGCUUUUUCAAUCAAUGCCGAAGAACGGUUUUGACCUUCCUGCACUAAACAUUCAGCGAGGAAGGGACCAUGGAAUACCGGCAUACAAUAGGUGGCGAGAAUUCUGUGGGUUUCAUCCCGCUCAACAUUUUGGAACAAAACAUUUUGGUCUAACCGAUCAUGAUUCUUCGGCUGCAAAAGCUUUAAAAUCAAUUUACAAGCACCCAGAUGAUAUUGACUUGUUUGCUGGAGGUAUAUCAGAAAAACGAUCACCAGGGGCUCUAGUUGGACCGACAUUUAGGUGUUUGAUUGGACUCCAGUUCAGUUUGUUUAAAACAGGCGAUCGAUUUUUUUACGAAAAUAAUUUCUUUCCGACAGGGUUCACGACAGACCAAUUACAACAGAUAAAGAAACAGUCAUUGUCGGCAUUGUACUGUAGAACUAUGGCCGUUAAUUCAAUGCCUAAAAAUGCAUUUGAAUCUCCAUUAGCAGAGUAA